AUGCCAAAAACUCAUAUUCAAACACCAAACAAACUCAAGUUAAAAAACACCACAAACUCAAGUUCAAACACAACACAUACUAAAGUUCAACAAACACACAAUCUCAAGUUCAACCAAAAACACCUGACUCUCAAGUUUAACAAUUCGCUUCAACCUCAAGUUCAAAAACAACAGAAACUCAAGUUCAAAAAAACACAAACUCAAGUUAACCAAACACGCAAAUUCAAGUUCAAAAACACCACAAACUCAAGUUCAACAAACACCACAAACUCAAGUUCAAACACAACACAAACUCAAGUUCAACAAACACACAAAUUCAAGUUCAAAAACACCACAAACUCAAUUGUAAACACGACACAAACUCAAGUUCAACAAACUCAAGUUCAAACACAACACAGAGUUCAAAUAACACACAAAGUCAAGUUCAACAAACCAACAAAGUCAAGUUCAAAAACACCACAAACUCAAGAUGAAAUGCACAACAAACUCAAGUUCAAACAUGACAAAACUCAAGUUCAACCCAGCCACAAACUCAAGUUCAAACGCGAAACAAACUCAAGUUCAAAAACACCACAAACUCAAGUUCAAACACAAAAAAACUCAAGUUCAACAAACACACAGACUCAAGUUAAAACACAUCACAAACUCAAGUUAAAAAAACACUACAAACUCAAGUUCAAAAACGGAACAAACUCAAGUUCCAAAACACCACAACCUCAAGUUCAAAGAAACAAACAAACUCAAGUUCAACCAACGCGACAAACUCAAGUUUAA